AUGUUGGGAUCUAGAUUUCUUACAUUGAUGGCCGUUUUUUUGGCUUUGGUUUGCUUUAUUGUAAAUGCUGCACCCGCUGCUAAACCUCCUAAUCCUGCUGAUCUUAAAAAGGAAGAAGUAUUAGUAGCCGAUGUCGUCGCUGUAAAAUCUGAAAGUACAACAGCCAAUGAUCUCGAACCCUACAAUCCACAGUCAGAGGAGGUUGAUGACGGAGUAGUCAAAGAAAUCUUAGAAACUGCAGAGGAAACUUCAACAACUCUCAAGUGUGACAAAGAACUAAGAGACAAACUAAAUGGUGCGGAAGGAACACGAAAAAUAAAUAAAUCGGGAAUUGAUUUGCGAUCAAAAUUGCCCUUUAAAAAUGAACAAGUUCAACUCAAGGAUUACGAGAAGCUGCGCAAAGAACACGUAUUGGCAUUCUUCAAUGAUUGA